AUGAACGAGGCACGGUUUGAAACAUGCUACAUCGAUUGGACGACUCCAAGCGGGCGGCGAGCCGGGAAGGAGACAGGGCACUUCAUGGCAUGGCAGACCAUGGCAGGAGCGACGAGACAGAAACUGGGCAAUGUGGCUCUCGCUCCGAGCCAAGCCAAGCCAGCUGCGUCCGGAUAUGUGCAGAUGGCAGGUUUCAGUGCAUUCACACACUUCAGCGCGCGUCAUGUCACCUUGUAUACAGGUACAGGUAGCAGCACCCUCAGGCUGUCUGCUUGGACGGGGAGAGCGUGGUCUAGACCUGCUCGACCGUCGCAGUCGACAUCUCGACACCCUGUUGGCCAGCAGCGUCCCUGCUCUGCCGUGACCGACCCCCGGCGUCCGUUUCCCUGGCCCGAUCUUGGAUAA